AUGAAUGUUGUAUUUGUUCUACCUAGUGUUGAGUAUAACUGCCUUGACAAUAAUAAAACCAACUACUGUCCAUGUGAUAAUCCGGAAUAUGACACGAGCACAAUAGUCACUUCGGUGACAACUGAAUGGAAUCUCAUAUGUGAAAGAACGUCGUUAGCAAGUUUAGCGCAAUCAAUUUUACAAGUUGGAAUUUUAGUUGGUAGUUUUAUUCUUGGACAAAUUUCGGAUAGAUAUGGCCGCAAGCUCGUUGUGUUGAUAUCGUUGUUCUUCGAAGUAGUCUUCGUGGCCGUUUCAGCAGCAGUGCCAGAAUUUUGGAUGUUCGUUGUGUGUCGAUUUUUAAUUGGCACUAUGGUAGGAGCAUAUUUCGUAAGAGAAUGGAGAACAUUGCAGCUAGUAACUUCGCUACCCUGGGUCAUAGUUGCUACAUAUUAUUGGUUGAUACCAGAAUCACCCAGAUGGCUCAUAAGUGUUGGAAAACGGAAGGAAGCUAUUGAUGUGUUAACGAAAAUUGCAAAAAAGAACAACCGAGCAACAGACAACAUUGAACAUAUCGUUACCAAAGUGGAGCUAUCAAUUAAAAAUCAGCAAGUAACUAGCACAUAUGCAGAUUUGUUUAAAACGCCAAAGAUACGGAUGUACACUAUUAUUGCUGCAUUAAUAUGGAUGUGCUGUUCACACACAUUCUUCGGGCUGAACCAAUACAUUGGUCGCCUUCAAGGAAAUAUAUACUUAAACGUGAUGCUUUCUGCAGCAUUCCUCGUCCCGGGACUUAUAGUUAUCGUCAUUGCUACACUACAUUUUAAAAGAAAAUUAACAAUCAUUACUACGUUUGUUACAGCAGCAGUCUCAUUGAUAGUAUUUAUAUUUAUCCCAAGUGAUUUAAGAGCUGCUAGUUUAACGUUUGCUAUUAUAGGUUUAAUAGGAGCCUACACGUCAUUUGUUCAAACGUAUUUGUUCACAUCUGAAGUAUUUCCAACUGUGAUUAGGAACACUGCUAUAGGUUUUGCUUCAAUGUUUGCUAGAGUUGGAGGAUUUAUUGCUCCUUUUGUUGUAAAUAUAGGAACGGAAUGGGUGUCUAUUUUAAUUUUUAGUAUUAUUGCGUUCAGUGCUGCUAUACUAUGUUAUUUUCUGCCUGAAACUAAAGAUAUUACGUUACCCAAUACUAUUGCAGACAGAGAAAAGUCACCCAUGAACCAUGUAUGA